GCAUCACCACAGAGGAACUGCUAACUUUAGCUUCCCCGGCUAGUUAGCUCAGUUGUCUGUGCAGCCAGCACUUCAGACUGUUUCAGAUGGACACAAGAUGCCACUGAUCUUCUCCAUGAGGACCUGGUUUUGGUGGAGCAGCGGGUGGAACCGGCCAAGAAGGCGGCUCAGGUCCUUCACAAGAAGCUGCAGGGCUGCAUGCAGAGUCAGCAGGGGCUGGACGCCGAAAAACGAAUGAAAAAGCUCCCCCUGAUGCUGCUGUCCAUCAGCAUGGCGGAGAGCCUCAAAGACUUCGAUGCAGAGUCCUCUAUCAGGAGGGUGUUGGAGAUGUGCUGUUUCAUGGAGAAGAUGUUGGCCAGCAUGCUGGCGGACUUUGAGAUGAAAGUGGAGAAGGCCGUUCUGGAGCCCCUCAACAAGCUCAGCGAGGACGAUUUACCAGAGAUCCUCAAGAACAAGAAGCAGUUUGCAAAGCUCACCACAGACUGGAACAAUGCAAGAAGCAGGAGUCAAGCCAGCACAGGUCCCCAGGCAAAGCAGGAUGGGCUCAGAGAGGAAGUGGAAGAAGCGUGGAGGAGGCUGGAGAGCAUCAAGGACCAGUACUCUGCAGAUCUGUAUCACUUUGCAACUAAGGAAGAAGACUAUGCCAACUACUUCAUCCGCCUUCUCGAGCUGCAAGCAGAGUACCACAAAAAUUCACACGAGUUCCUGAACAAAAACAUCAGCGAGCUCAAAGAGAAUCACAGCCAGAAAGGGCCGCCGCUAAAUCUCUCCAACCAGAAGGUCUACGGGGAGCCUCUGUUGUCUCAUCUGUCUCGAAGCAACAGAGAAAUCGCUGCGCCGAUCCAGGAGUGCAUUCACAUGCUGCUCAGAACGGGCAUGAGAGAGGAGGGUCUGUUCCGUCUGGCAGCGGCAGCCUCGGUGGUGAAGAGGCUGAAGAACUGCUUGGAUCAAGAAACUGUCGACCACAGCGAGUUCAGCAUGGACCCUCACGCCGUGGCUGGGGCCCUGAAGUGUUACCUGCGAGAACUCCCCGAACCUCUGAUGACCUUCGAACUCUACGGUGAUUGGUUCAAAGCAGCAGGAGAAAAAGACCUGGCGGAGAAGCUGGAGCAGUUCAAAGCACUUCUGAGGAGACUGCCUCCUGAAAACUACAACAACCUCAGGUACCUGGUCCAGUUCUUGUCUCUGUUGUCUGAGCAGCAGGCCGUAAACAAGAUGACGCCCAGUAACAUCGCCAUCGUCCUGGGGCCCAAUCUGCUCUGGCCACGAGCCGAAGGAGAAGCUGCCCUGUUCGACAUGGCGUCAGCUUCCUCCGUCCAGGUGGUGACGGUCAUUGAGCCCCUUAUUCAGCACUGCUCCAGCCUCUUCCCCGAAGCUGUUUCUUUUGAGAUCCCCGAACUUCCUGAAAUCCCGGAAGAGACCCUGCCACCUCCUGUUUCACAGUCUCUGAUGUCAGAAAGGGAGAAACUGAGCAGGACAGUCUCCUCCUCGUCAUCCACAGCCUCCUCCUGCUCCUCAUUUCACCUCCCUCUCUCAAAGACAAACAGCACAGCCUCUCAGGACAGUGGUGGCCUCUUCCUGGUGAAAUCUGGCUCUGUGAGUCGCAGCGGCACCACCACAUGGGCCAGCCCCGUGGCUGAGACAGCAGCACCAAGCCAUCAAAACACAACAUCCAGCAGCUCACCCUCUGUCAAUCCCUGCCCGGUUGUGAUUUCCAACACUUCCACUGCCUGCAGCUCGGCACCAAACCAGGGCCCAGCCCCGCUACCUAAAGCAACGGGACCAGCACCAAGCACAGGUCAGAUCAGGAGUCCCACCCAGAAGCAGAGCUCGGAUCAGGGCCAGCUUGAGCCAAUUUUCGAGGCCCCACCAGACUCUCCUAGGGCACUUGUGAAGAUCAGCUCACCUUAUAAACCGAAAAGAUCCUUCAACGUGACCAAAGCCAACCAAGCUAACGAGCAGGUGACGGUUCAGUUCUCUAAACAAAGACCGCCAGCUCCACCCAGGUUCCAGGUCCCCCUGCCCCCCGCCGCAGCCCCGGCAAGUACGGACACGAGGACCCAGCCCGUACCAGCCCCGAGAGCCCAUACGGCCAGCCAGAAGAAGCCUCCUCCAAAAAAGUCUGGACUCAAAGCCCCGAACUGCCCCCCACCUCUUCCUCCUCCGUCGCAGCCAAAAGCGGUUCCAUCUAUAGCACAGUGAGAAAAAUGACAUAUGUGCCAUCCAGUAAGAGUGUACAUUUUCUGGCUGUAGUUCAGUAAGAGGGACUUUGUCUUGUCUUUGUUGACCUCCAGUGGUUUAACUGUUCACAGUGAUGUACAGCUGUACUCCAUGACAUCCCUGGUGGGUGUGGCUGCAGGUGCAAACAUGACUACAUUUCUUUCUAACCCUGCUGUUCAGUUCCUCUUAAACAUGCAAGGUUUCAUUGCCUGGUUAGUUACAAGUGGCUGACACAUAUUUGUGUAUUUUCUAAAAAAAAAAAAAAAGAAAAAAAAAAGAAAGAAAAAACUUCCCUUUGAUACAUGUGCAUUGUUAAAAAUACUGUUAAUCUGCUGUUCAAUACCUCUCUGUACUCAUUUGAAGUAGGGGAGUGUCACAGUUCAGUUCAUUUUUGGGGUCCAGCAACAUUUCUGUAACCAACACCCUUUAUUUAUUCUUCAGUUACUGAUUUACUGUGUUACUGAUACUGCAUUUCCCAGAAUGCAAAAUUAGUGCUGGAAAGCGAGUCUUUCUGGUCAAAAAACAGCGACAAUAAAUGAAUCCAAAAAAGAA